UGUAAUCUUGUCUCAAUAUAAUUCUUUUCUUGUCCGUCUAUUUCAAAUAUGUAUCCAGCUAUAUUGGAACCGUGUACUGGAGCGGCGUUUAUAUAAGAGAGGAAAUAACUUCCGGUUCCACCACAUGCUCGCUGUUUUGUCAGCCCAUAAAUUCAUCAAACCCAGCAAGAUCUAUUUCUGGCACGAUAUGGUUCCGACCGGAGAUUACUGGAAAGAGUUGAAAGCGAAGGUUCCGGAAUUGUGCCUUGUUUUCCGGAAAGAACCGACGGAAAUUCGAGGCCGGAGAGUCCAAGUUGCGGAACAUAUUACAGACGUGGUUAGACUCGAGGCAGUGAUGGAAUUCGGGGGUUUGUAUUUUGAUUUAGAUGUCAUGAUACUCAAGCCCCUAGAUCCCCUCCUUAAAUUUGACGUUGCCAUGGGAUACGAGACGCCAGGGGGGGUUUGUGUAAUGGCAUAAUAAUUGGUACGGCGUGGGCCGAGUUUUUCAAGAUCUGGCAUAAGGAAUAUAAGUCUUUUCAGGAUAAUCAAUGGAA